AUGGAUGGACUUUAUUUGCCUGAUGGGCGUCAACUUGCAUUAAUUGAUCGUGAUUGGAUUCUUGACGAACUACCACAUUUAGGUAAUCCAGACGAUAAUUCAGACGCGAAUUAUCUACUUGCAUCAGCAGCAAUCGCUAAUAGUGGUACUGGUAUAGUACCUGGAGGAGGAGGAGGAGGAGGUUCAACUAGUCGAAGUACAUCAGGUAUUGGAACAGGAAGUAGUACAUCACACGGAGCUACUGUACAUACAGGUACUGGUGCUAGUACUGGUGUAGAUAGUACAGGAACUAGUGGAAAUACAGUAAUAAAUCAUUACGUUACAAGUGGUGCUCAUAAUCAUAGUUUAUUAUAUAAUCCAGACGAAUUUGAAGGUGAUUUAACGUUACUUUCGGAAAUUGUUGACGAAACACAAAAUAAGUGGUCUGAUUUUGGACUUAAUCAAUUAUUAACACCAUACGCACGUACAAUUCGUCCAACAUUUAAAUAA